AUGAAGAAAAUCCAUGAUAGAGUAAGGGACACUCUCCAAAAGAAUACAAAGAAGUACAAGGAGAAAGCCAAUGAGAGGAAGAGAGAUGUGGAGUAUAAAGUGGAGGACUUAGUGAUGACACACUUGAAGAAAGAGAGGCUUUCUAAGGGUAAACCAAGAAAGUUUCUCAUGAAGAAGACUGGUCCCUGUUGGAUUGUCCACAAAUUUGGCCCUAAUGCUUAUGAGAUUGAACUUCUUCAAGGCUUAGACAUAUCCCCAAUCUUUAAUGUUUCAGAUUUGUUUCCUUAUAAAGGUGAUAAUGUUCCAGGCUCAGAUGUAGGUUUGACAACUGAAGGAGAUGAAGGGUGGGUUAAGAAUCUACCACCUAGCCAACCAUUGAAGUUGGAAAGCAUAUUGGGCACCAAGGUGAUCAAGAAGACUAGAAAAAAGACAUACAAUGAGUACCUUGUCAAAUGGAGUGGCCUACCUACUAAAGAUGCCACUUGGAUGAAUGAAGAAGACAUAUUUAAGCAUUGCACUUCUAUUGCAGAUCGGGUUCCUCAAGUGUCUUGA